AUGGACACUCUAGCUAGCACAACCACGAAGGUACGAGUCGUAUUCGACGCAUCGGCUAAAAGUAGCAGCGGCAUAUCCCUCAACGAGGCGUUAUUGGUUGGACCCGUAAUCCAGGAUGAGCUUCGUGCUCUCAUUAUGCGUAGUCGGAUGAAACAAAUCAUGGUGGUAGCAGAUAUCGAGAAGAUGUUCAGACAGAUCGGAAUUCAUGAAGCGGAUAUGCCCUGGCAAAGCAUUCUGUGGAGAGCUGACCCUAACAAGGAAGUUGAAACCUUUGAAUUGGCCACCGUUACGUAUGGUACGAAACCUGCGCCAUUCUUAGCAACCAGAACGUUGAAACAACUAGCCAUCGACGAGCAUCAUCGAUUCCCAGCGGCAUCCAAGGCAUUGGAGGAGGACGUUUAUAUGGACGAUGUAAUAACCGGUACGGAUCUAGAAGAAGAUGCUGUCAAGUUGUGUGUAGAUCUCAUCAAGUUGACGAGUAGCGUAGGUUUUCGUCUAAGGAAGUUCGCAUCCAAUUCAGCUGCGGCCCUGAGAGAGGUGGAUUCCGAAGACCUGGCCCUACAACAAACCGAAGAGAUAAAUCUAGAUCCUGAUCCAGCAGUAAAGACCCUCGGAUUGGUUUGGCUCCCACGCACCGAUUACUUUCGGUUCAAUUUCAACAUUGAAAGAGUUCCUAUGGACGAGCGAUUAUCCAAACGAAAAAUCCUGUCAGCCAUAGCUAUGCUUUUCGAUCCCCUGGGACUGGUAGGAGCGGUAACAGCUAGUGCGAAAAUCUUCAUGCAGCGUUUGUGGCGACUACAAGAAGACGGUCACAGAUUAGACUGGGAUCAUCCUGUACCGGUUAACGUAGAACAAGAGUGGCGAAAUUUCUACGAUCAAUUACCUACCCUGAACGCUCUAAAGAUUCAACGUUGUGCUAUCAUUCCCAAUGCAAUUAAGGUGGAAUUGCAUUUCUUUUCGGAUGCAUCGGAGCGCGCGUAUGGGGCGUGCGCAUAUAUUAGGAGCGUCGACGUAGAUGGAAAAUCCUACGUAUGUCUACUAGCAUCGAAAUCCAAGGUGGCACCGCUAAAAUGUCAAUCUAUUCCAAGACUGGAGCUUUGCGGAGCACUUUUGUCGGCGGAAUUAUCCAGCAAGGUACGGGCAGCGGUGAAGAUGCAGGUUGACAUGCAUUUCUGGACGGAUUCAACGUGUGUCCUUCAAUGGUUGAAGGCAAUCCCGACGACAUGGUCGACAUUCGUAGCUAACCGUGUUGCAAAAAUACAAACACUUUCCGAAACCUAUCCUUGGAGACAUGUUCCUGGCCUGCAGAAUCCAGCAGACCUCAUCUCACGUGGUAUGGACCCAGAGCAGAUUGAGGAAUGCGACUUUUGGUGGAAAGGCCCUGAAUGGUUAGGGCAAAAUCAUUUUCCGGAGCAGCCAAGAACCCUGGAGUCACCAAUAGCUGAAGAGGAAGUUCGUCGUUCAGCACACCCAGCUACCAGUUGUGUAGCACAUUUUGGUGAGGAGUAUGUGCAAAAAUUUUCGUCCUUCACUAAGCUCAUACGUUGUACCACAUACUGGAUGCGACUCAUGCGAAUACUCAGAAAUUCCGAGGACAACCGUAGCAGUUUGCUGACAGUAGAGGAGUUGAGAGAAGCAGAGUUUGCAAUUAUCCGCCGUAUCCAACAAGAGUCAUUUCCUACUGAGUGGAAGGCUCUAACCAAGAACGAAGCUGUUCAUCGCAGUUCACCAUUAAGAUGGUUUACCCCACAAAUAUCGUCGGACGGACUGAUUCGUGUUGGAGGAAGAUUGGGUAGAUCACUUGAAGCAGAAGAUACAAAGCAUCCCAUAGUGCUACCAGCAAAACACCCGUUUACUACGAUGUUAUUCGAGCACUACCACAUCAAACUUCUACACGCCAGUUCUCAAUUAUUACUUAGCUCAGUGAGAUUGAAGUAUUGGCCACUUGGUGGCAGAAAUGUUCCACGGCAGGUAGUUCAUAAUUGCAUGAGAUGCUUCCGUACUAAACCUAACCCAAUUGAGCAAUUUAUGGGAGAAUUACCUCAAGCACGUGUCACAAAACCGGCGUCGACUACUUUGGACCGAUAUACGUUCGUCUAG